AUGCCGAGUCACACGCGUGGUGACGACGUGGACAGAGCCGACACAUGUGCAUAUUCUUCUACUUCCCUAGAACAGCCUCUUUCGGCUGAAAACAACCAAACCCCCCUCAAGCAACGCUUAAAUGAUUUUAUACGAGAAACGAGGGAGGAUAAUGCUAAACUCAAAGAAACCAUCACUAAAGAGAUGCUGGGAGAAAUUCAAGAGCUUCGCCACGAAACACUCUCACCACUCCAAACGGUUGAGAGCACACUCGCAAAGAUUAUGGAAAUGAUCCAAGUCCAGGGAGAAACAGAUGUGAACGCUAUAACACUAAGAAGCGGGAGAGCACUUCCAGAAGUUGUUCCGCCUCCGCCACAAUCUGUUCCGACAAAAGAACCAAGGAUGGACAAUGAUGAGACUUCCAACGCGACGCAAGUUGAACGAGCACUCGAAGAAGAAUUCAGAAGGGAAGACAUACAACCACAACCCUCUCGAAAAGGAAAAGAAAUCAUGCAAGAGCCACCACCAGUGUCGAAAGCGAAACUUCCAUUUCCUCAAAGAUUCCGCACUGACAUCAACAACGCCAAGUAUGAUAAGUUCUUACAAAUGCUACGACAGCUACACAUUGACAUGACAUUCAUUGACGCACUGGGAGAAAUGUCGAGGUAUGCCAAAUUCCUUAAGGAUCUUUUAUCUAACAAAAAGAGAUUGGCUGAGACUGCUACUGUUGUGUUAGGAGAAGAGUGUUCUGCUAUAUUACAUAAGGAUGUGCCCCGGAAGUUAAAAGAUCCGGGAAGCUUCACUAUACCUUGUAAUAUAGGAGGCACUACUUUUAAUAGAACCUUGGCAGACCUAGGUGCUAGUAUCAAUCUGAUGCCUUUUGCACUAUACCGAAAAUUGAAUUUAGGAACUUUUAAGCCUACACGCAUGUGUAUUCAGUUAGUUGACCGAUCCACCAAAUACCCUAGGGGUAUAGUGGAAGAUGUUUUGGUCCGAGUCGAUAAAUUCAUUUUUUCAGUGGACUUUGUGAUUUUAGAUAUGGACCCGGAUAUAGAGAUUCCUCUCAUCCUGGGCAGACCUUUCUUGGCGACUGAUAAGCACCAAGAAUAG